AUGUCAACCACAAUGACAACCACAACCACCACCACCACAGCAACAACACAAGAACCCACCCCCUCCCACCCCACCCUAAUCCAAGUCAACCGCAGCCCGAUCCCUUUCGCCAGCGGCGCAUACAGUCUCGUCUCCGCACCCGCCGGCUCCGUCCUAUGCAAAAUCACCGGAACCACCCCGUCCAAGAAAGCCUACACAUCCGUGCAAAUUGGACGAGACAGCCACAUCGAGCUGAACUCAGACCUCGUGUACUGCAACCACUCGUGCGAUCCGACGGUCAACUUCGACAUGCACAAGAUGGAGGUGCGGGUCGUGGAUAAUCGCGACUUAAAGGCGGGGGAGCCGUUGACGUUCUUUUACCCGUCGACGGAGUGGGAGAUGGAUCAGCCGUUUGAGUUUUGUAAUGCAUGUUUACUGACAGACAAUGUGAAGUAUGAGAACGACAGAGGCCUUUAG